AUGAGUCUGCGCAGCUUGGCUUCAGUACUGUUGCUGGGAACGGUACGUCUUUAUGCAUGAGUUUGGCAGCAAUUGGGAACUGUGUUAGUGUUAUACUGGUACUUGACCAGAGUACAAUGGACUAGCUGGUGUCGAGGGUCUUGCCAGGUACUUGGGAAUGAAAUAACCUCUUCUAGUUACGCGGUGAGAGACAUAUUAUGAUGAAUGAUGAAUAAACAAUGGGUAAAUGUAAUGGGCAUCUCGAUGAGAGUGUAGCCCUGCAUAAACUGGCAGUUCACUAAGUGCCAGAUGGUGAAGAAAUUAGCUUUACAAGGGGAAGGUGAAGCCUAAUGCCAAGUGGCUCAGAGAGGUUCUAGCUGUGAAUUUGGCCGAGGAACUGAGGCCACUGAAACAAGUGGUGCAGAUGUUGGCCUCUCGGUGAUAAGUAAGAGAUUCAAAUGAGUGGCCGUGCAGGUGAGGCCCCAUCUAAUCACCUGUAGAGGUUGGAGCGAGGCUCUAGCUAUGAGUUGGGCCAAUGCGUGAGGAUGGGUGUUGGCUUCGCGGGACUGAAUUAUGAACAUACUAGAUAAUGGCUCGUACCAAACCAUUUGCAGCCAGUUGAUCUAUCUAUAAGGAAUGUAGAGGAAUAGAAACAUUAUGGAUUGAUAGAAAGUAUGUCGGAACAUAUGUACCUAGCCCAACUAGUGAGGUUGAGCUUGAGAAAGGAAUAUCAUACAGAGGAACCUAAAGACACAAUGAGAAUAUGUCCAGGAUGAUGCAAGUGCUAACUGAGAUAACGUAUUGUAUUACUAAGGAUGGUGGGAACCUAGAAAAAUAAGAGAACUUAUGUAUAACUACAUACAUAGGCAAAAACAGAAUGAGUAAGGAAAAUAGAUUGAACUGAAUCUACCCCACUGUGCAUCCUUCUACUAGAAGGACCUAAAGUAUGUGUGAAAAGGAAUAGCCUAAGUAAUUAAACACCAAAACAUUUAUAUCACAUCUCUAGCUUACUAGUGUGUAGCGAAUUAUGAGAUCUAGUAAGCGCCUUAGUUGAAGGUGUGGGUUAUACUAAUUUCAGUACAAUAGACAGAUCGAAGAGGUCUGAAUACGUAUAAUUGCAUUAUAAUUAAAGGGUUGUAGUUUUCCCUCGUAAGCAGGAACAUGUUGUAUGUAAAUGCUCAAAGGGGUGGGGGGGGGAGUACGAUAUUGGAUCGUACUUGUUUGCCCAAAGAGGGCCGUAUGUAACCAUAUGGAGCGAAGGCCUAGUGAGGGCCACAUGUAGAGGUAUCACAGCGAAAGGCCAAGAGUGCCCAAUGUAAGUUCUGAGUUCGAAAAAAUAGGGCUGUAUGAGGGGUAAGGAUGUAUGGAAUGAACAAAUGUGGAAUAAACAUAUCAAGGUUGUAAGAGUUGUGUAGACAUCCAAGAAAAAAUGCCUUUGUUGUUUGAACCAGUCCACAUGUAGUGGUAGGGAGAAUUGUCAUGAAUAACAGGGUGGCAACAUUGUAUGUAAUAAAGGGCUGUCUGAGGCUGUGAUCAAAGGAUAAUGAUAUAAAUAACCAACAUGAUAGAUUAUCAAGUGUCUAGAUAUAGGUGUCAUAUGUAACAUUGUCAAUACCGUGCUAGACCGAGGUAGCUUAAUAUGUUGGGGAAAGGAUAAAACUUAUCAAAUGAGGAGGGCCAUAUAGGUUGGGUUGGUGUAGGCCUAGUAUAUAAUUGAAUGAAGUAAGAUAAGACAUUAUAUAUAUAUAUAUAUAUAUAUAUAUUUAAAACCCUUGUGAAGAAGAAAUGUAUACUUAUUUCAAGCCCAAAUGAGUGGCCAAAAUUGUGUUGUAUUGGAUUGUCCAUAGAGGGCCUUGUGAAGGUCAAGUAAGGACCGAGUUUAAAGAUAUUCCAUGAAUCAAUAUCUCGAUAGUAUUGAUGACACUCAAUUGCUUGCAACGUGAGUAUAUUUAGGCUGUGUCCUAUGUAGGUGGUGAUGAUCCCGCCUAAUAGAUACUGCUGAACCAGAGUCGUGUAGAGACAACGUACGUAAUAAAGGAUACAGUUUCCCCAGGAGGAUGGCCUAGUGAAAGGUAAGGUAUGAUUAGUUUAUCAAUAUUGUGUAGUGUGUUGGAUAGGGUGGUAUGCAGCACCUGUAAGUGGAUGUUAUAUAAAUGAAAAGCCCAAUGAAGGGCUGAUAUAGGUGCAACAUGAUAUGUUGCACACUGAGGGUCAUGUAAACGGAUGUUGCAAAGUCCCAUUGAGGGCCUUUUGCAAGGACUAUUUUAUUUUAUUUUUUGAUCUGGUUUUAUUUAUUUAUUUUAAUUUUUACACAUUGUGAUAUACUUAAACGCAGUAUAAUAGGGCAACAUAUAACACCAAAGCACCAGGAAGGACAAAAUUAGAUUGUAGUUGUAAGCCAGCCUGGGGCUGAAUGAAGCUUAUGUAAGUGAAGGCCUAGUGAGAAAUGUCAAGGUAGAGGAGUAGAAGGCUGAGAGAGCUCAUUGUGAUUCAUGAGUAGCGGAGUAGCCAUUUAAGGGCAAUAUGGAAAUUAGCAGGUCGUAACAGUUUACCAGGAGUUGGAGCCCAGUUGCAGGAGAUGGCACAAGGAGGAGGCAAAAACCCAAAACACAGUACAGAUAAAGGGGCAAUCUAAAAUGCAGGGUCAGACGAGAAGCAGAAGUCAGGGCUGGCAGAGGUCAGAGUCCAGGAAAUCAGUCAGCAGAGAAACAAAGAUCCGGCAGCAAACACCAAACAAACAAUAUGACCAGAUACUAGGUCUCAGGCAGAGCAGGCUUUUACAGCCUGCUGAUUAGGAGCAGCUGACCCUAAUUGGUAAGGGGCUGCAGGGGGAUCAGCACUGCUCCAUCCAGGAAAGUAGUCAGGAAGCAGAAUAAUGCAGACAGAUACUGAAGCCCCCUGGUGGAUAGCAUGGUAGAGAACCUGACUGGGAUGCUGGAGCUGUUCAAACCCAGCCAGGUCUCUUAAAGGGGCAGCCACACCUUGCUGUCUGCCAGGCUCGGGGUGUACUGUGACAGAGCCCUCCCACAAGGUGCAACCUCCGGGCGCCAACAGACAGGGCUUCAUCUAGAGGAUCCAGUUCAGACUCAGACAGGGAAUCCAGGUCUGUAUAGGCAUCCGAAUCAUCAGGAUCUGAGAGUGUUUGAACAUUUUACAUGUUAUGUAAAAAUAACAUAUUUAAAUUAGGGCCAUGAAUAUGUUCAUAUAACCAUAGAACAGACAUAAUUAUGACCAACAUUAUGUUAAAGUACACUUAGCCAGGCCUAUGUGGAGCCUAGAAAGGGCUUAAGCAAUGUAAGAUGUGAUGGACAGUGAAAUAAUAUUAUUAACAGGCAGUACCAUAAAUGCUAACCACAUGUAUAGGUUGACAUCAAUUUAGACCAUCAGUUGCAACACCUAGCCAUAUAAUUAGUAAACAAUGUAGGCUCACCCAGUGCCUGAAUAGGGCAGACAUAGAAUACAUAUAAGUACUGAAGUUGGAAGAGGCCUGGUGAACAGAAGUAACAAAUGCUGAUUUGCUCAAAGCUGACAAUUAUAACCAAGGCUGUAUGGGCCAGCAAUAAUCUGCAAAUAUGAAAAACUAAAUAUAUGGCAUUGCAUUAAACAUUAAAAUGCAGAGUGACUAAAUUAAUUGCAUAUGUUAAUACUGAUAUGGCCAAAUGAGGGCCGAAUACAGUAAGCAGAAUGCAUGCACCUAAUUGAGGCAUCACUAUGAUGCUAUGUAUGAUUAAAAUAGGCCAAAUUCGCGUUAGUAGUGAAAAUUGCCGUAUCCAAAUGAGGGGAGAAUACGGACUAAACUGCGAAUGCCUCCCUAGUUAGUGAAAGGUUGAACAUGGGGUGAAUACAUGUUGAAUAUCAUGGACAGCGUGGCCCUACCCGGGCUGAAUGAACAAACUUAUGUUUUUGUUGUAAUAAACGCGCAAAUAGCAACAGGAAAAGCCAUGGCUGGGCCGGAAUCGGCAGUGCCCCAUGUGCUUCGAAGAAGGUGGCUGGUUUUUUUGUUUAGUUUUUUACUAGAGUGAGGUAAAAUUAAUACUUGCAUGGGCCACACAAGGCCAAGACCAGCUUGUUUGGAGUUUAGGCAGUUUGUUGUUGAUGACCUUUGAACCGGAAGUAGAUAGCUCUUUACUGAACCAGGACAUCUCAGCCCAGAGGAAGGGGAGGCCUGUGAAUUUAUAGGCUGGAUUAACCCCUCCCACAACUACAGGCUCCACCUUUCCAUAUAUCAUAUAAGAAAAUUACAUAUUUAAUUCUAAAUGUAUUUAUGUAUUAUUUCUGUAUAGUAAUAUUAUUUUUAUUAGUAUAUAUUAGGGGAUUUGUCUGACAACACAGACAAUCUAAUCCAAUCUAAUCCAGCCAGUCUGAGUUAUGUGAUCACACUUUUGCACUUAUGAAUUGAAUUGGCUGCCGGACGACUGCCUGUGUUGUCAGGCAGCUCCAUCAAUCGUGAUCUGUGUGGAGGGUGAGUAUUUUGGCCAGAGAGAGGGCAUGAUUGCUAAGACAUGCUAUGCCACCCUAACGGCAUUAAACCGUCCUUUUGUAGGAUGGCAUACCAUGCCCUAAUGCAUGGAAGGGAUUAAUGCUUAUUGUUGAAAGAAAAUCAGAUACAUUACACAUUGAGUAAGGGAGUACAAAAUGCUGGAUGCUUUACUUGGAAAAAAAUAUAUAUAUACAUAUAUAUAUAUUUAUAUUUUCAUAAAGAUUAUUAAAAUUAAUAAUCUUUAUUAAAAUAUCAGGGGUUGAUAUUUUAUUGGCGCUAUUCCCAAUUAUUUAAAGCGAAGAGUUACUCACUAUUUCAACUUUUUAGAUCUGGAGUACGUUGUUUGAAUUUAAUAUUUCGUACAUUAAUAUCACAGCUUUUUAUAAAAAUUUAAAUAUUUAUUUUUGUCAAUAAGUGUAAAUAUACAUGAUAAUUAGUGAAUCCUUUUUCAAUAAUGUUGAACAAGAUAUGACAUAGUACAGUAUCACAAUCUCAGUAAAAUAUUUUAAACUCUUUAGAGUGAUAAGAUUGUUAGUUCAUGACAAAUUCAAUCAACCAGGUUAGCAUAUGGAAUAUGUUCUUCAUACACUAUUGAUUGAGACAAUCAGCAAAUGGAAUGUUAUUUGUUAAAUUAUAAGAAACCAUAUGAGUUUAUUAGCAUAUGGAUUAUUAUAAUUUAAAGACAGAAUUUUUCAGAAUCUUAAAAUACAAUUUUAGCUUUUUACUUCUUAGUACAAUUUACAAACACAUGUGGAUUGUUUGCUUAUUGUAAACAUCAUUCAUUAGACUUAGCUGGACAGAGUUUGUUAUUUACUCAGGUGAUCUAUACACAAAAUUCUAUGACAAUGUUUUACCAGCUAGCCACAGAAUUUUAACCAGCUCAGUGCUGUUUCAGAGUAAUUAAUUAUGAUUAAUUAAUUCAUCCAGUGACUAAAUUCUUGCAGGUUAAGUUAAAACAGUUCUUAUCUGAUAAAUAUUUCAUAUUAAUAUUCCUCUGGGUAACUGUGGAUAUUCUAAUUUUUUUAUUUCACAAUUUUUAUUAAUAUUCCAGUCUGCAAUUUGAGAUAUCAAUCUUUAUCAUGAGCUAUCAUGUAAUCCAAUCUGGUGGUUUUCGCAUCAGCUUUUAUCUAUAAAAAUAUUAGUUUUAGUUACGUAAUGUUAUAAUUAGUAUAAUUGACUUUCUGAUGUUCUGGAUGUUAUUUUUAAGAUUGUUUCAAGAUGUCUUCUUGUCCAUCUCUUGUCUCUUUCUGUGUGUGUCUCUCUUCCUGUCUGUCUCCCUUUCUGUGUGUAUCCAUCUAUCCCUAUGUACUGGGGUUAUAUGCCAUUCUUUAUCUGUUAACCUUCUGACCUGGUCCAAUGAAAUUUUGGGGCAAGUCAUUAUGUUAAUGACUGUUGACGUAACUUUGCUAUAUAUUUCUAUGUCUUAAACAGCAGGUGGAGCUGUUGGGCUACGUCAGGAGUAUUACCAGCUAUUAUCAUAUAGGGUUAACUUCUUGUUCAGGGCAAUUUAGGAAUUUUUAAUCCUACAAUGCUUUGGUCAGCGUUUCUUCUUUUCAAUUUUGUCUUUGGUCGUUCAACCAAUGUGUCCCUAUUCACCUAAGCAUUAUGGCAAUUUCAGAAUAUUUAAGCUGUCUACUUAUUUUAUCUCUAUUGCUAACUACAUCUUUAUAUGUAUAUAGUUUCAAUAUAUGUAAAUUGCUAAUUUAGGAUAUAUCACACUAUAUUUAUAUCUUUAUAUAUAAUUCAACUUAAUUUAUAUACCUGAAAGCGAUAUAUGUGUGUUUGCUGAACAUGUACUUUUAAUUAACACAUAUUUAUCUUAUCUGUGUACUUAUCUUUUAUUGACACAGAUGUAUGUAUUUACUCACUGUCUGGCUCUUUUAGCUGACAGGGUCAUACUUUGAGAAAAACGUCUCUUCAUUUUAGCACCUCAUGGCAUGUUAGCUAAAUGGAGUUUUUGCUAUUAUGCAUGUAUUAUUUUUAUCACACAAUAUAUAUGUAUUCCCUUCCUACACAAUAUCUCUGACAGGUAACAAAUAGUGCACCAUAAUAGAAAACUACAACAAAGUAAACAGAAUGCAUGUAACCAAGGGCUUUCUGGGAGAACUGGUCAAAAAAUGUUAAAAAUAUGUGAGGAAAAAAUAAUAAUUUUUAUACAUAACAUAUAUGAGAAGUAACAUGAUUUAUAAAGUAACAGCAAAAAGUAUACAUUGGGGUCUAACUCUUCACUGUUCAUUGUCUACUCUCUCACUAAUCAAUGGCUACCCUCCCACUAUGUCUCUACAUCUAUAGUUCUUUCUUGUACCUUUACAACUAAAACAUAACUCCUCUUUCUUUCUACAGGAUGCAGCCAAGGAAAUCUCUCAGAUCCUUACUAAUUUAAUUGAUUCCUCUAGCAAUAGCUUUCAAUCAAUCAAUAAUAAUGUGAUUCCAACAUUUCUGGAAAAAAUAGAAGAUGUUGUAUUAAAUUCUUUUAUUCAAGAUGCAAGGGACCAAACUAUAGUAACUCCUGACAUUGGUAAGAAUACUUCUCCAUCCCAUAAUAUCUCACUUCCUUUCAGUGUUCCGACUGGACCUGCAUCCCUAUCCACCACGAGGGAGAUACCCUGUUCUUCUUUUAUUCUUCCAUUCCUCCUGUAUAUUGUUGUAGAAAAACAUAUUAUGUUAUGAUAUAUUUUCCACUCCUUUCUUCUCCUUGGUAGAUGGCUUGCAAUGAUGUCAUGUAAAUAUAUAUAUUAUAUUUCUUUUGUGUGUCCGUCAAAAAUAUCAGUACUCAUCAGAGUUAAGUUUUAUUCUGUUUAGAAAUAUCAAUAUAUAAUAAUAUGGCAAAGAAUAGUUAUGGGGUGAUGGAUAUUUAACAGCAGAUGUUGCUUGCUUGAGUUAUUAUUAUUAUGUUAUUCAUAUAGCACCAUCAAAUUCCGCAGCACUUUACAAUGGGUGGACGAACAGACAUGUAGUUGUAACCAAGUAGGGAGGAGUCGGGCAACUAUAGGCCAGUAAGCCUUACUUCAGUAGUGGGGAAUGUAAUAGAAACCAUGUUAAAGGAUAGGAUUGUUGAACAUCUAAAAUCACAUGGAUUUCAAGAUCAGAGACAACAUGGGUUUACUUCAGGGAGAUCAUGCCAGACUAAUCAUAUUGAUUUUUUUGAUUGGGUGACUAAAAUCACAAUUCAGGGUGGAGCUUUCAGAGUUCUAAGUUAACUCCUUACAUGAAGUGAUAAUUGAAAUUCCUGACAAGAAUUUUUGGUGAUGUACUUGCGCCAUCUACUGAUGUAGUUGCGCCAUCAAAGACCUGUCAGACACGAGAAGGAUUUGGGAAUUGUUAUAAACAACAAAUUAGGCAGCAAUUUGCAAUGUCAAUCUGCAGUUGCUAAGGCCAGCAAAGUUUUGUCAUGUAUAAAUAGGGGCAUAAAUUCUCGGGAUGAAAACAUAAUUUUGCCUCUUUGUAAAUCACUGAUAAGACCACACCUUGAAUAUGCUGUGCAAUUUUGGGCACCUGUUCUAAAGAAGGAUAUCAUGGCACUAGAAUAAGUGCAGACACGAGCUACAAAAUUGAUAAAAGGGAUGGAGCAUUUUAGUUAUGAAGAAAGGUUAAAAAAUGUGAAUCUCUUUAGUUUGGAAAAAUGGCUCCUCAGAGGGGAUAUGAUAACAUUAUACAAAUAUAUUGGCCAGUACAAACCAUUAUCUGGAAAUCUAUUCAUAAACAGGGCUAUACAUAGGACACAAGGUCACAUUUAAGCUGGAAGAAAGGAGGUUUCAUCUAAGGCAAAGAAAAGGUUUUUUUUUACAAUAAGAACAAUAAGGAUAUGGAAUUCUAUGCCUGAAGAGGUGGUUUUAUCAGAGUCCAUACAGAUGUUUAAAAUGAAAUUGGAUAAAUACUUGCAAAAAUAUAACAUACAGGGAUAUAAUUUCUAAUUAGUGGGGUAUUAGAUGCUUGAUCCAAGAAGACAUCUGACUGCUAUUUUGGGGUCAAGAAGGACUUUUUUCCUAGUUUGUUGCAAAAUUGUAAGCUCUACAGACUAGGAUUUUUGCCUUCUUUUGGAUCAACAGCAAAAACAUAUGUGAGGAAGACUGAACUUGAUGGAUGCAAGUCUCUUUUCAGCUAUGUAACUAUGUGUCUGUCUUUGCAUUGUGAUACAAAAUGGGGUCACCUCUGUUUUAAUGGUUACUUACAGUAUACAUUUUUAAUUUCUAUCUUCACAAAAUGUCUGCCAGUGUAGAUACCCUUACAGAACACAAAUUUAAUACCAAAUGGAACUAUAUGUUCCAGAUGCUACCGCUAAACAUACCAGAUAGUUCUCUAGAAAUGGUACAGCGUAGUUUCACUCAAUAUAUCUGGAAGGGAACAAAAAAAACAAGAGUAAGCCAAAAUAUGCUAGCCCAAAGCAAAUGGAGGAAUUAGAUACCCUAUUAUUAAAAUCAACUAUUUGGCCUCCACAUUAGUACAUAUUUAUAGAAUGCAAUUGAAAGCAAUUCAGAUGAAAGAUGGUAAAGGAUAGGUAAAAUAUAUCCCAACUAAAUUCCUACACAACUGUUGAAGAAAUGGGAGAAAAUUAAAAUAGCUCUUUACAGUAAUAAAAAAUUACAACCCAUCUUGACGUGAAAUGUAUUGAACAGCAAGUUAAGGAUCUAAAAAGAAUAGUAGUCCAAUGUGCCGGAAGGUAUAUGGGACCAGAAAAAAAGUCCUUUAAAUGAAAAUAAAAGUAAAAUCAGCAAAGAUUUUUAUUAAAAACCAAAGGAAAAAAGUUACCAGAGCUCUUUCCACAUCCCUAUGUAUUUUUAAACAAAUUGAGGUUUUUAGCUACCUCCAAUGGCCAUGAGAGGGUAGCAGAGAGCAGUAGCAGAGAUAAAGAUGGUUAUAUGUAUAUCCGGGAAGGAUCCUGAACAUCUUUAGGACCUAGGGAUGUAAAGUGAUAUCUACUUAUUUUGGAUCUUGGCCAAACUUUUUGGCAAUUCAAUAGAGGUUGGCUUCCCUCUCUCUCUCUUGCCUCCAAGCACAAACAAUUAUUGUUUUUCUUAUGUUAUGUCAGAGUCUUCUAAGUGAACAUUUUAAAUUCAGCACUUACUCAACUUAUAUCUACAAUUAACUAGAUAUACUAAUUUUAAAUGCCCAAAUAUAUUGCAGUUAAAUGUCUGUACGAUAAUGUCUUAAUGUUAUGAUAUAUAUUUGAAAAUCUCAGCAAAGAAUUAAAAAGAAAAAAAACCUCAAAAGAUCUUCUGCGUUCUGCAGUGCAAAUCAAUUUAUCAACAUCCAUACCUAUAACGGAAUGGAUACGUUUAUUUUCUGGAUUACAUUUUAGAAUGUCACAGUGUGUGACUGUAGUGAGAUGUAGGUGCUUUUUCCAUAGCUAAUAUACAUCUUCGACUCCUACAGACAUUACCAUAAAGAAGUCUUUCAAAACCUGUGCUGAUGGCUCCAACUUCUUCACUUUGACACUGUUGGACAGCAGUAUGGAGGUGCCAUGUGAAUUUGGACGUGGGGAAAAAGGUAGGAAGGGAUAUGCAAUGGAUGUGAACAUUUUAUAUCCCCAAAUGUAAUUACAACUCACCUAUUUUUCUCCAGAUGGUGCCAUCCUUAUUGCAUAUAAAGGCCUAGAGAUGGUCUCAAAUGGGACCAGUCUGGUGGACUCUAAAGAAAAUGUGUUGAUCAAUUCACAGGUAGUAACUGGAGCUCUCACGCAUGACCAAAAAGUUACUGAUGAACAUCCUGUAUCCUUUCAUCUAAAAAACUUGCAGGUUAGUAUAUUAAAUGUUAUUGAUUACAACCUAAAUAAAUGGAGGAAUGUUAAAAUAAAGGAUCAACAACAUAAUAUGUACUCCAAAAUAAUAAGUGAGAUAACAUUAAGUAGAGUGUCCACAUCACACUCCUAAAAUUCAACAAACCCAAUUGCAACCAUGAAUCAUUUUAUAAGCACCAGUCAUAUAUACUUACAAUUAGAUCAUUAAAUAUUUGGACACUGAUACACUUUUCAUAAUGUUGGCUCUGUGCAUCACCACAAUGGAUUUGAAAUGACGCAACCGUGCUGCAAUUGAAGUGCAGGCUUUCAGCUUUAUUGAACAAAAAUAUUGUAGGAAACGUUUAGGAAUUGCAACUAUUUUUAUUCACAAUUAUUAUUAUUUAUGGAGCUCAAAUGUAACACAAUCAUAAAAACUCUUGUUCUUAUCUGUUCGGCCUUAAGUUUUGUCUUCAGCAAAUAAAAUGCAUGCUCGAUCAGGUUGCGAUUAGGUAAUUGACACAACCAUUGCAAAAUAUUUCACUUUGUUGCCUUAAAAAACUCCUGGGUUGCUUUCGCAGUAAGCUUUCCUUCACUGUAAAGUGAAGUGCCAACCAAUCAACUUCGCAAAAUUUGGCUGAAUCUGAGCAGAUAAUAUAUCCCUGUACAAAAUUCAUCCAGCUGCUUCUGUCUUCUGUCACAACAUCAAUAAACACUAGUAACCCAGUGCCAUUGGAAGCCAUGCAUGCUCAUGCCAUCACACUGUCUCCACAGUUUUUACAAAUAAUGUGGUGUGCAUCAGAGCGCGAGUCAUUCCAAGUCUUCUGCAUAUUCUUUCUUCCCAUCAUUCUGGGUCAGGUUGAUCUUAGUUUCAUAUGUCCAAAGAAUGCUGUUCCAGAACUGAGUUGACUUUUUAGAUAUUUUUUUUUUUUAAAGUCUUAUCUUGCCUUUUUAUUCUUGAGGCUUAUGAAUGGUUUGCACCUUGUGGUGAACUCUCUCUAUCUUCUCUUGUGAAGUCUUUUCUUUAUCAUAGGCUUAAAUAAUGAUAUAUUGUGGAGAGUGUUCUUCACUUGGCUGUAAGUUGUGAAGUGGUUACCAUUAAAAUGAUCCUAUGGUCAUCCACCACUGUUGUUUUCAGUUGAUAUCCAUGCCUUUUUGCAUUGCAGAGCUCACCAAUGCAUUCUUUCUUUCUCAGAAUGUACCAAACUGUCUAUUUGGCCACUCCUAAUGUUCCUACUAUCUCUCUGAUUAAUUUUUAUUUAAUUAUUUUUGCAACCUGUUUCACUUGCAUUGAGAGCUUUAACUGCAUGUUGUGGGUUCACAACAACAGCUUCCAAAUGCGUAUACCAUACCUGGAAUCAACUCCAGACCUUUUACCUGCUUAAUUGAUGAAGAAAUUACAAAGGAAUAGCCCACACCUAUCCAUAAAACAGCUUUUGAGUCAAAUAUCCAAUUACUUUUGGUCUCUUGAAAAAGGGGGGCUACAUAAUAGAGACCUGUAAUUCCAAUUUCAAAUGUGAUCUCUCUCAGCCUAAGACAGGUUCAAGACAGGAGACUGUGACACCCACAUGAGUAGACAAAGAAAGGCAGAAAGAAGUCAAUAUCUUUGUACUCACCGUUAGGCUCCACAAUAUUCCCCCUCGGACGUAGCCCUCACUUAUUAGGCUGGAAAUCACAACAGGGUCUGGAAACCUUUACGCUGCCAUGGUCUUAUGCACUAACAAAGAAAUUUCUGCUUUCCUUUAUCUCCGUAAUCAACGAUAGUAGUACUCAAUUAAGUCACACAACUCCAAUGGAUUAUCAAUAAGCUUUCAAACGUUUAAUGCGGAGUACAUCGUAUUUAUAAAACACAGUUUGUCUUGGGGUGUAUACAUCAAUGGAAACAUUAACCAAUCACGGGAGUCUCCGAAACGAAAAUAUAACUUUUCAUAUAACAUUUCGUAAUGCUGUUAGUUAGUCUCCUGUUCACUGAUGCAGGUGACAGUAUGAGAUCAGGAACCCAAUUAGAAAGUGCAGAUGCUAGAAAGAAGGCUAUUUUUUUCAAGCGCAGGAUGUUUAUAAAAGAUAGCGAAAGCUGGUGUCAAGGCGCAAGAACACAAGAACAGAAAAAUAUUGUAUGUUUAAAAAAUGCGAGUUUAACCCUUUCAAAGCAUGAGUAGCUUGUAUUAUAAUCAGGCCUACUGACCAUUUGGUCUUUCAAGUAUGUAAUAAAAAAUACAUAAGUGUAAAGCAGGACAUGAGAAUGACUCCCUGUAACAUAUUAUAUAUAUAUAUAUAUAUAUAUAUAUAUAUAUAUAUAGUUUUGUAUGUCUAGGGGUAUAUUCACAAAGUAAAUUUAAUGAAAAAGUAAUAUCAUGAGUGAGGACCUCAUCAUUUCUAAAUAUUUAAAGAAUCAUAACCAAUAUAUAAGGCUGUAGUGGUUAUGAUGCCAGGUAUGCCCUGGUUCCUCAUCAAAUGUAAUGAGUCAAACCAUUUACUAACAGUUUGACUUCUGACCUGGGGUCCGCUGGAUACCACUCCUUGCCUUUCUCCCACCAGAAGCUCUCUCCACUGAGAAUAGUUUGACAGCUUACCUAGAAUCUGCCAGUCACUACCUCCUGUGUCCCCAUAGGCUCUCUGUCCUGCGCUAAGUCCAGCGCUGUAGUGCUUAGCUAAUUGACUCAGAGUGAGAAUGACUGAGAAUGAGUUGGCCAUGCACUGCAAGUCUUAGUUCAGGAGAGUUAAUGGAAUUGCCUGGCAGGAGUUUCUGGUUUUCACUUCCAGCUCAGAAAGGGAGGGAGCGGCACACAGCGGAUGCCAGUUACAAAGUCAAAUUGUUAACAGCCCAUUUUACUCCUUAUAUUGAGGGGCACUCUUGGGACCAUAACUACUACAGCAUGCUUGGAUUGUUCCUUUAAAUAUUUCAAAAUGAUGAACAUAAUGUUUCUGGCACAUUACAUUUACAGUUAUGGUGCUAAGAAUGAUCCUGUAAUGUAUGGAGAACAAUGUUUGUGACUUCUUGAAAACUCGUAAAACAAACUGCUGUCUUUCCUUUUCAGGACUUGGCCCCAUCCUACCACUCAGUGUGCGCAUAUUGGGUACCAGAUAUGGGGUGGUGUAGUGAAGAUUGUGAGACAAAAACAUUAAAUGACACUCACACUACCUGUACCUGCACCCAUCUCUCCAGCUUUGCUGUUCUCAUGGCUCCUGUACCUGUAAAGGUAACACAGUUUGAUUUAAACAGUUAGAAGUUAAUAAAUUAUAUGACAUAGAAAUACCGCAGCCAUUUCACUAAGUAUAAAUCAUCUUAUUUGUCUCCAAAUCACCUGGUGCCCAAUUUUAAGAUUUUAUGUAAAUACAUCCUUAUUUGAUUAUAUAUAUGCCAAUAGAUUCUGCAAUACUUCACUGACUCAACAGUGGUGACCAUAACAAACUAGAGCAAAAUAUGUAGUGAAUCCAAUGUAAUGCAAGUGAGUGCAAAACUAGAGGGCUGUAUUAGCUAGGGGUGAUUAUUUCUGAUGACUUAAAGGUAGGCAUACAAUGUAGUAGAGCAGCAGGAAAUGCUAGCAGAAUGCUUGGUUGUAUAGGGAGAGGUAUUAGCAGUAGAAAGAGGGAAGUGCUCAUGCCAUUGUACAGAACACUGGUGAGACCUCACUUGGAGUAUUGUACACAGUACUGGAGACCGUAUCUUCAGAAGGAUAUUGAUACCUUAGAGAGGUUCAGAGAAGGGCUACUAAACUGGUUCAUGGAUUGCGGGAUAAAACUUACCAGGAAAGGUUAAAGGAUCUUAACAUGUAUAGCUUGGAGGAAAGACGAGACAGGGGGGAUAUGAUAGAAACAUUUAAAUAUAUAAAGGGAAUCAACACAGUAAAGGAGGAGACUAUAUUUAAAAGAAGAAAAACUACCACAACAAGAGGACAUAGUCUUAAAUUAGAGGGACAAAGGUUUAAAAAUAAUAUCAGGAAGUAUUACUUUACUGAGAGGGUAGUGGAUGCAUGGAAUAGCCUUCCAGCUGAAGUGGUAGAGGUUAACACAGUGAGGGAGUAUAAGCAUGCGUGGGAUAGGCAUAAGGCUAUCCUAACUAUAAGAUAAGGCCAGGGACUAAUAAAAGUAUUUAGAAAAUUGGGCAGACUAGAUGGGCCGAAUGGUUCUUAUCUGCCGUCACAUUUUAUGUUUCUAUGUGCUCUCUGUCAGCACUUCCUGUCAGACCGGGUAGGGGAAUAGAAGCUCCUCUACCGCACUCUGCCUGCUCAGGCAGUGCUACAUUCUCUGACCGGCAGAGGGGAGCACAUCCCCUCUUGCCGAUUACUGUUUAAUUAUGCCGUGCGACCCGGUGUGCACUAGGUAGCCGUGCACCGGCCCGAUAGUAUGCCGGCCAACUGGAAAAUUUCCCGGUAUCCCAGUGGGCCAGUCCGGCCCUGCCCCCAACUUCACUGAGCAGACACAGUCUACUCAAGUGCUCAACUGCUGAUACCAAUAAACCCCGAAAUAGCUCAUCCCCACAGCUACCAGUUGUCCAAACAGCACUUUCAUAGCCUGUAUGGUGUUUGAUGGCCAUCUGGUUAUAGGUUUUGUCUGGUCCAAUCUGGGACACAGUUUCACACAAGCGGACAUGUUCCUCUGUGUGUUCUCCAGUUCUUCAAAGGGUUCUUUAGAGACUAGGUGGCUCAAGCAAUGGGCUGCUCAGUGAUGUUGGGGGCAAGGCGAAGGAAAUACAGUACUUUUAUUUUUGAAAAAGUGAGUUUUCAUAACAACAAUGAUCGUCCAAAUUCAGACAAACCAUGAUUUGUUUGAAACCGAAUACACAUGUCUAAUCUUUACCUAGACUGCGCAUGUCCAUGCAGUAUGGAAAUGCUACUUCCAUGACAGCAGAGUUAUUUACUAAAGUGAGGAUUCAAAUCGAAUUCUAAGUGAAUUUUACAUUUAGAGCCAACGUGGUCAAACUGACAUGAUAGCUGACUUUUUACAGUUUGACUAUUUUGAUCUGAAAUUAAAAAUUCACUUAGAAUUCUCAUUUUUAGGGAAAGACCAUGAAUUAACAUGCUACCUUACUGCCAUGAUUGUUAAUACUGUUUGCUUCUCCUUGUACUUAACAUGUUUAAUAUUAUGUUUACUUAUCCGUAUAUGUAACAAAUAUGUAUUUGUGAGGUGUGAAAAAUAAAAUUAUAACAAACUCUACUCCCCAUAACCACUUGAACAUGCUGUAGUGGUUAUUGUUACAGGGGUUCUUUGGUACUCCCCACGUAAGUAACCAAACUUGGUUUAACUUCUUACCUGAGGUUCACAAGUCACCGCUCCUCACACUAUUUAAGUGCAUGGUCAAUUUAUUGCCUGAGAGGGUCAGCUGAUGAUUGUCAGCAAAUGAUAGAAGUCAGGGAGCAGUGUCCAGAGGACUCUAAGUAAGAAGUCAAACUAAUGGAUGCCCGGUGAAAAAAUUAUGUGCUCAAAUUGUGACUCUCUCUAAGCUGGGUAAGGAUCCAAAUAAAUGUGCAAAUUUCAGGUGUAUUUUGUUGUUAAACAAUGAUACAAAAUUGUAUGCCAAGAUUUUAACUACUAGGUUAUCCAAAGAUAUUCUUAUUGUUAAGAACGAUCAAGUUGGAUUGUGUUGGCUAGGCAGGCCACAGAUGGAACUAGAAGGUUCAUCAAUAUUAUUCACCAAAUGAUGAUCGAUCAGAUGCUUUAUCUGCAUCUAUCUUUUGAUAGAAUACACUGGGAGUAUUUGCACUGCAUCAUCAUCCCACUGCUAGAGUCUCUGCCACAGGUCUGUUACUAAUGUAAUGAGACAGGGUUGCCCCCUGUCUUCUCUCUUAUUUUUUUGAGAGAUGGAAUCCUUGGCCAAACUGAUUAGGAAUGAUCAAAUUAUAGAGUUAUGAUCGGUGAUGUUAAUCACAAGAUUGGGCUUUUCGCUGAUGACAUAAUUCUGUCUUUGCGAAUUCCAGCUUGAUUCAGUGAUGCAUAUCCUAACCCAAUUAGAUGAGGUCUCAUAUUAUAAACUUGAUGGAAAAAAAAGACCCAAGCUUUGUCUUUUUAUGUUCCAUGGUCUGAGUGAAACCUUUAAUUUUGAGUAGAGGGAUGCCAUUAGCCUGACCAAAAACCUGUUGAGCAUGCACAAAUGUAAAUUUGCAAAAGUCUGGAGGGAUUUGUAUGUUUUAUGGGUGGGUAGGCUAUAUUCCUUAACAAUUUAUAUUCUCCCCAACAUUUUGUACUUCUUACGAGACAUACCUUUGCCUGUCCCAUUGUCAUUCUUCAGGAAUAUCAAUUCAGCUAUGAUAAGGUAUAUUUGGUUAGGCAAGUUCAGUAGGAUCAAAUUGUUGGUUUUACAGAAUCUUUGGGUGAAUGGUGGUUUGGGUGUGUCUGAUUUCAGAAAUUAUUAUUUUGCUGCGAACGCGAGCAGGCCUUUAAAUUAAAUUUGACUAGAAACCUGCCCCAGUGGUUAUUAAUCAAAAAGGAAAUGUUUCCUCCACAUUCAAUCAGAGACAUUUUAUGACUACCUUGCAGCUUGCAUACUAAACUUAGAGAGAUACUUCCUACUACCAGGACAACAUAGAGGGCUAGAGAUAUUUUGUUCAAUGAGGUCAAGGGGACUGCUUUGUGGUUCAAAGCUAUGCCACAAUGCGUGUUAAAACAUGUUACAUCAGGGAUUGACUUGGUUUUCAGGAGACCCAUCUUGCUUAAUAAUAUGGACAAUUUAUUUCCAAAUAAUUCCUUACUCUUAUUUAACAAACUAAAUGAGGUACCUAAGCUUGAUCAAAAAUAAAUUUAUUUGGAUUAUAUCUCCAAUUUUGAAAAAAUCUAUAUUGAAGACAAAUUAUUGAAUUGUGCUACUCCUAUGUAAAUUCAAGGCUUAAAGCCAAAUCAGAUUUUUGGAAUCAUGGGAGAGGGAUUUCCAUACAGUAUUACCAAUAGAUGACUAGAUGGCCAUUCCCUUAAACUUGAAUGACAUACGUCAUUGCUCGGCUCAUCUGGAGCAUCCCUACAAAGUGAUAUAUAGGUGGUACUUUACUGUCUAGACUUCAGAAACUGUAUCCUAAUUCCACCAACUUAUGCUGGUGUGGCCGUGGACAAACAGGUACAUACUCCCACAUGUGGUGGCAUUGUCCGCAAAUAAAAAAUUGUUUUGGAAACAUAUACAUCCCGUAAUCAGAUAUAUUAAUCCUUCUGUGGUAGAUUUAGCUCUAGAACUUUGUUUGCUUAAGAUGUUUCCUGACCGUUUUACUAAGGUGGAUAAGGUUAUGGUGGGACAUGUCUUAAUUGUGGCCAUUACUGUUGUUCCACGCAACUAGAAAUCCAAGGUAAAACUUGUUAUCAAAGAAGUGUUGACAUUGAUACUAGAAAAUAAGAGCUAUGAGUUAAACUAAGGUUACCAUCAAACACAACGGAAUUAAUGAUGUACCAUUGGAAUGUAUGGUAGCAGAAAAUUAGCAUAUACACUCCUUAUAAUGGAAUUCCACAUAGAUUGGAAUAUUUAUGUUCCUUUUCCUUCUCUUCUCUUGGUUACUUGCACAACAUGUACAAGUUACCACCAAUACAUGCAAAGUAAAAUAUUUUCUCUUUUUUAUAGUACUUUGAUACUCCCUAUUUGGCUUUAUGUAGUGUACUUCAUAAUGUACGUGAUAUCAACUUCAAAAUGUAUGAAUGUUUUAAUGUUUUUUUUUCUCCCCAUUAUAUUUCUUUUGUUUGAUUAUAUGUUUCUAUUAUGUUGUGUUAUUAUGUAUUCAUUCGAAUAUGUUUAAUUGAUUUUUGCACGUUUUUAUUAUUGUAAAACUUGAAAAUGUAUCAAAAACUGUUACUAUUCAGAUCAAAUAGAAUUUAUUUACACAGAAACAUAGGAAGUGAUUGCAGAUAAGAAUAAUUCUCUGUGCAGUUGACUUACAGAUGCUUCUGGUAGGGUGACCAGCCUUCUCCUAUAUGUUACAUGGUGAACGGUUAGUCAACAGUAUCAUCAGGUCUGUCUACAUUCAACCAUGGCUACCAUCAGAAUUAAUGGAGAGCCCUAACACACACCGCCAGACACACAUAUGCACACGCAUACAAAUACUUAUUUCCAGGCCCAGGUCUCCCAAUUUUGUUAAGACAACCCCUAUUUUACAGUCCUGGCCCACCAUCCCAGGCUUGUUUCUUGAUGUUAAAAACAGAAAAAGUGGGGGGAUGGGUCUGCGCCAAUGAGCACAAUAAAUAGUAUUAUUAAGUCCAGUAGGAUAUAUUCUGUCACAUCCAAGGGUCUACUUCAGUAAUAUCCAAGGGGUGUUGAUGGUGUGAAGAGUAAUCCAAAUAUGUAACAAAAUAGAAGAGAUCUUACUUACAAUUGGCAGAGCUUAACCCAGCUCUGGUGUGAAUGGCUUACAGCGGUAUUAUCCCCGCUUUCAGGAUAUGCGGCAAGUGUCCUCUUCUUUGUGGUGGCAGGUAACCAAGUUGGAAAAUAAAAGUAGAGACAAUAAUGGUGCAGUAUAUUCCACACGUAUGGUAAAAAAUUAUAAAAUAUAGUAGAUACACUCACAUUCGGUAGAGCUUUAACUAGCUCUAGUUGAUUUGGCGUACAGCGGUAUUAUCCCCGCUUGUGGGAUAUAAGGUGAGUGAUCUUGACUUGGACCUCAGGAGCUCGGAGAGAAGAUAAAACAGCGAUAGUGCUCUCAAUAAAAUUUAGGUGAAUGAAUAAAAUAAUAAAAUAUACUCACAAUAUAUAGGGCAGGCUAACUGCUCUAUGUAACAGCGUGGGUGGUAUAAUCCCCACCUAGGAUUCUUUGGAGUAUAGUAUCCAGAAAAUAAAAAAAAUAAAAAUAAAAUGGAUAAAACGUGUUAUUUAAAAGAAAGGAAAAAUGCUAUAUAAAAGGCCAGGUAAUAAAAAACAAAAGAUGAUGGUUUAAACAUAAAAAUAACCAAAAUCUUUAUUAUUGACAGUAUAUAAAACAGUAAAAAGUAUCAUUGGCGCAGACCCAUCCCCCCACUUUUUCUGUUUUUAUUAUCUGAUUCCCAGGGACAUUAGAGGGAUUCCCUGUUUGGGACUGCUGCCUCCUGGACUAGCGCUGACUCUACCCCUUGUUCUGUUAUCCUUGUUUCUUGAUGUCCUGCUUUUGGGGAAACCAGAGCACUGACUCAAGAAAUGCUAAAAAACUAGCAAUCACUAUAGAAACCAAAAGAACUUCUCUUGACAUUUAGAACUCGCACACAAAAUCUCCCUGUCAUUUGUAGAAACUUAAAUAUACUUUUUUUUUUUUUUUAAAUGGAGCAUCUUAAGGCAAAAAGGUUAACACUAGUUAUAGGUCAUUUUCAAUGCUUUAUUCAGCGGUAUAAAUUGGAGAAGUCACAGUUCGCCUUUAAUAGCAUAAUGUCAUUUCUAGAGACCUAAAACACCAAUGUCUUUAUUUAUUUAUAGAGUGACACUGUUCUUGAACUGCUGUCUAUUAUUGGUCUCGUCAUAUCUCUUAUCUCCCUGGCUCUGUCUCUCCUCACAUUUCUUCUGAUUCGCUCCUUACGAAGUGUACAUACCUCCAUCCUGAAUGCACUGAUGGCAUGUCUUUUCUUGGCACAAAUGCUUUUGCUGUUGGGUAUUACACACAAAUGGAAUAAUGUAAGUGGUUCAGAAAAUUAUUCAUUACAGAUAUAUAAUGCAAAAUGUCCCUCCUUACCCAGAAUUAUAAGAAUGAAUAAAUACUUCAAUAGGGAAGCAAUAGGGGCUAGUGCUCAUGUGCACCAAACAGCAUCUACAUCAUAGAGCUCCAUUGACCUAAUGCAUAUCUAUCAAUCAGUGUCUUCAUGCAGAGUGUGUAGAAGUGGAGCAUCAAUCUGCAAUUGUUGUAGGACUGAGAACAGGAAGCCCCUCUAAUGGCUGUCAGAGAAUCACUACAUUAGGUUGUACUGGUGCUUGAAGUGUCCUUUUAAUUAUGCAAGUGCUUAACAUGCACUGCACAUCUGUGUAUCACCUAUAUACACUUUUACCAUGCACCAAAAAAAACAAAAAACAUUUAACAACAUUUUCAUUAACCGACACAACUUGUAAAUAUUAUAAGAACUCUCAAAGGGCAUUGUAGGCACAAUAACCAAAUAAACAGUUUGAAGUGGUUAUGAUGCAUGGAGUCUGUGAGCAACCCACCCCGUGCUCUGACUUGGCUAUUUUACCAUUAGAGGCCAGGCUCAGGCUGAUGGGGGACCAAGUACUUUUACAGAACAGUGAGCAUACCAUUUAAUUGCAUGCUAUGCACAAUAACAACGUCAAUGCAUUUGAAGUAGUUAUGGUGCCUACAGUGUUUAUUUAAAGAACACCUAUGGAGAGACUGAGAUUGAAAUUAAUAUCACCCUGUGCAUUUGCUUUAUAUCAAUUCUCCUGAUAAACAAAACAUUUUUUGCCACGUAACAUUGUAUCAGAGGAAUGCUUCUCUUUUAACUUCAGUUCUUCUCUUGGUUACUCACUAGAAUGCACUUUAAUGCUAUUUUGUGUCUUAUCUAGAUCAUGUGCGCCAUUAUUGCUGGUUGCCUUCACUUCCUCUUCCUAUGUGCCUUUUCCUGGAUGGCUCUGGAGAGCAUUCUCCUCUUCCUGACUGUCAGGAACCUGCAAGCUAUGAAUUACCUGACUUCCCGACGCUCUCAUUUCCCAUCCCUAUGCAUUAUAGGAUUUGGAAUCCCGGGACUGAUUGUCUCUAUCACCGCAGGCUUGCGAUCAGAUGGAUAUACAAAUGAGGAAUAGUGAGUAAUAAUACAGUGUGUCACAAAGAAUUUUACUAAUCUCCCAUUUUGUCAUGAUUAUUAAAGCAACACCAUCAAAAGAGUGAUUUUUUAUAUUUUACAGGCACUAUAGCAACGUUGCAGUAGCACCACAUUUAUCUCAGGGCAUCAUAACAUAAGUUAUACAAUCUUAUAAACAACUAGAAAAAAGGACAAGAGAAGGCGCUUAAAGAUAUAGAACAAGAAGUGCAGCUAAAAAUAACCCAAGUGUAGUGUCACCAAAAUACACUUAACAUGUGAUAAAUUCAAGAAAAAAAGGGGUGAUUAGCGCACACGUAGGAAUAGCUCAAUUUUACCUUACAAAGAUUUUUUCGGUAAACACAAAGCAAAUACUUUUUACACCUAUAUAAAGACAGACAAAGCAUACAGAGUGUAAUCUGUUUAAAAGGUAAUGAAGUGAGGAAAAAUAUUUCUUCAAACUCACAAUUUUCGGAGCUAUUAGUAAGUUAGCUCUAAACUUAUAAUGCCCAUCAUCUCAUCUUUAAGAGGUAUACUGAUGUAUCCACAGUGUCCACAGGAACUUGUAGCUGGUAAAAUUCCAGUAAAAUUCAAAGUCCGCGGAGAAUUAAUAAAAAGUUUUUAUUAUUCUUAAAAUAAAAUAAGAAAAGAAUGUAUACAUAUACAAGUAAAAAGUAAUAAAAAUUAGCACAACGCGUUUCAACCUUUCACAGGUCUUUCUCAAGUGCAUCUGACUUCAACUGGACUAGAAAGCCCUUUUAUAGCAAGAAAUAAUUGACACAGAGUACAUAAUUGUGAACAAAUGUGUUGCCAAUACCACCCACUCCCAUAUAUGGUCAUAGCCGGAAGUGUCCGCCAUUCAAAAGAUGGCUGCACCUCCGGCUAUGGAUCCCAUUAUUCUUGCCCUCCCCAACAUGUCCGCUGGUAAUUAUAAUCUUAUAAAGUCUUAUUCAGUCUGAUUCCUUCCGACGAUCUCAACGUCUGUGUGCCGAUACGUCACUUCUGGUGACGUAUGUAUUCUGAUUCUCUUUUGCGGUCACAUGAUUUCUGAUGUCCGUUCUUUUUUUUGGGCUUAUCAGAAUUAAAGCCAAUAUAUCCAGUCAUUUUUGUUUAUAUACAUUCCCUCAGUUCAUAAUUGAAUGUCCAUAUGAAAAAGGACGAAAAAAGAGGACAGACGAAAUAUAUAUUAAAAGAAGGGAGACAAAAAUAUAUAUGGUAUUAUUUUACACUUUCCUAUACUUAUAUCAAAUGAUAUUAGAACAUUUUUCAAUAAAUAUAUACAGAUAUAUAAACAGGAGAAAACAUAGAUACACCUCAAUUAAAAUACAUUAAGAGAUAAAAACAAAAUUAAUAAUAGCAAUGACCUUUAUAAAAUACUAUUAAUUUCAAAAUCAAUAUUGAGACCCAAAGGAAAAAAGUGCGUAUUUCAAAAAUCCACUUUACCUCUUGGGUACUCAAUUUUUUUGGAAGAUCUCCCCCUCUCCAGUGAGGUUCAAUUUUUUCAAUAGCGCAAAAACUUAAAAACUUUGGAUCUGAAUUGUGCUUAUCUAAAAAAUGUUUUGAUACGCUAUGAUUGAUAAAACCUCUUUUGAUAUUUCCAAUAUGUUCAUUAAUCCUAAUUUUUAAAGAUCUUGAUGUUUUGCCUACAUAUUGGAGGCCACAUGUACAAUUUAGUAAAUAUAUUAAAUUUUUUGAGUGGCACGUGAUCAUUGAUCUAAUUUCAAAUUCCUUAUUAAAAGAUUUAAAAUUAAUUUUGUGUUUAUCUCCUCUAUUGGUCUGUUUAUAUGCGUUACACAUCCCACAAUGAUAAAAACCUUGUUGUUUUUUGGACCAAUUAGUUAAAAAAUUGCUGUUGUCUUGGGACGUUUUUUCUAAAAAACUACUAGUUAAAAUUUGCUUAAAAUUUCUUGCACCUCUAAAAAUAAAUUUCAGUUUGGAGCCUAAAAAUUCCUGUAUCUCUUCAUCUUGAGCUAAGAUAUUCCAAUUUUUAUUAAUAAUUUUCUUAAUAACACCUAUAUUACUAGAAUAAUUAAAAAUAAGGGGGAUUUGUUUAUCAUUGCUCAUCAAUAUAUCAUUUUUCUUUUUAUAUUUUAGUAAGGGAGAUCUUUUUAAAGUUGACACUUCCUGAACUUGUGUGUCAAAUUCUUUCUUUUGAUAACCCUUUUGUACAAAUUGUGUCUUUAAAAAUUCAGCCUGAUCAAAAAAAUAUUUUUCAUUCGUGCAAUUUCGACAUAAUCUUAAAAACUGUCCUCUAGGAAUAUUGGACAGCCAUGGUUUGUGAUGGCAGCUACUAACUUCUAUGUAACUGUUAACGUCUACUGAUUUAAAGAAAGUGCGGGUAGUUAGAAUAUCAUUAUGGACCUGAAUAUUCAGGUCUAAAAAAUCGAUAUUAGUGUUACUAACACAUUUAGUUAAAUGAAUUCCCCAAUCAUUAACAUGAAGAGAAUUAAAAAAAUUGUUAAAAAGAUCCUCUGAUCCUUUCCAUAUUAUAAAGAUAUCAUCAAUAUAUCUCCUAUAUAGGACCAGGUUUGCACCACAGUCAUGUCCCUGAUAAAUAAAAGUGCGCUCCCAAUACGCCAUAAAAAGGUUUGCAUAACUUGGUGCAAACCUGGUCCCCAUGGCUGUACCUCUAACUUGUAAAUAGAAGUCUCCUUCAAACCAAAAAUAGUUAUUAUGAAGAAUCAUCUGAAUACCAUUCAGAAUAAAAUUCAAAUGGUCUGCAUUAUAUUUUUUAGAUUCUUGUAGAAAAAACUUUGUGGCUUCACAUCCCCUUUCAUGUUUGAUAAUGGUAUAUAAACUCGUUACAUCACAUGUAAUAAGGAGAUAAUCAUCUUCCCAUUUAAAAUUAUUAAGGAUGUUGACUCAUUGAGUCCUGAAGAUAUGACGGACAAUUUUUUACCAAAGGUUGGAGAUGGAAGUCAAUAUAUUGGGAUAACGGAGAUAAAAUUGAGUUGAUGCCCGAUAUUAUGGGACGUGCCGGUGGGUUAAUGGGGUCUUUAUGUAGCUUUGGUAAUACAUAUAUUACUGGUAUACGUGGAUAGUCAGGGGAUAAAAAAGCUAAUUCACUCUUAUUUAAAAUUGUAUCAUUUUCUCCCUGUUCUAAAAAAGUCUUAUAAAUUGUCUUUAUUUCCUGUGUAGGAUCCUUUUUUAGUUUUUUAUACGUAUAGGAAUCUUGAAGCUGUCUUUCGAUUUCCUGUAAAUAAUUAACUUUGUCCAUUAUUACUACUCCCCCCCCUUUGUCAGCCGGUUUAAUAACUAUUGAUGAAUCUUUUCUUAAUUCUUCUAAAUUCUUUUUUUCUUCAAAUGUUAGAUUCAAACUAUAUUUUGAAAGCGGUUUAAUUUUAUAUAUUUCCUCUAAACAUGACCGCUCAAAUACUUUCAUUGAGUCAGACUUAAGAAAUGUAGGAUAAAAAUUAGAUUUCUUUUAAAAUCACUAUGGACAAUAUCCAUAUUGUCCUCACUUGAAAUUAAAAUGGUAUUUUUAUUGGAUUCUAGCUCUUUUCUCUUAAAAAAUGUUUUUUUUUUUUUAUUAAAACAUUUUUUAAGACAUAAUUUGCGACUAAAACGAUUAAUAUCAAUAAAUGUUUCAAACUUAUUUACAGAAAUACGCACUUUAUUUCCUUUGGGUCUCAAUAUUGAUUUUGAAAUUAAUAGUAUUUUAUAAAGGUCAUUGCUAUUAUUAAUUUUGUUUUUAUCUCUUAAUGUAUUUUAAUUGAGGUGUAUCUUUGUUUUCUCCUGUUUAUAUAUCUGUAUAUAUUUAUUGAAAAAUGUUCUAAUAUCAUUUGAUAUAAGUAUAGGAAAGUGUAAAAUAAUACCAUAUAUAUUUUUGUCUCCCUUCUUUUAAUAUAUAUUUCGUCUGUCCUCUUUUUUCAUCCUUUUUCGUAUGGACAUUCAAUUAUGAACUGAGGGAAUGUAUAUAAACAAAAAUGACUGGAUAUAUUGGCUUUAAUUCUGAUAAGCCCGAAAAAAAGAACGGACAUCAGAAAUCAUGUGACCGCAAAAGAGAAUCAGAAUACAUACGUCACCGGAAGUGACGUAUCGGAACACAGACGUUGAGAUCGUCGGAAGGAAUCAGACUGAAUAAGACUUUAUAAGAUUAUAAUUACCAGCAGACAUGUUGGGGAGGGCAAGAAUAAUGGGAUCCAUAGCCGGAGGUGCGGCCAUCUUUUGAAUGGCGGACACUUCCGGCUAUGACCAUAUAUGGGAGUGGGUGGUAUUGGCAACACAUUUGUUCACAAUUAUGUACUCUGUGUCAAUUAUUUCUUGCUAUAAAAGGGCUUUCUAGUCCAGUUGAAGUCAGAUGCACUUGAGAAAGACCUGUGAAAGGUUGAAACGCGUUGUGCUAAUUUAUAUUACUUUUUACUUGUAUAUGUAUACAUUCUUUUCUUAUUUUAUUUUAAGAAUAAUAAAAACUUUUUAUUAAUUCUCCGCGGACUUUGAAUUUUACUGGAAUUUUACCAGCUACAAGUUCCUGUGGACACUGUGGAUACAUCAGUAUACCUCUUAAAGAUGAGAUGAUGGGCAUUAUAAGUUUAGAGCUAACUUACUAAUAGCUCCGAAAAUUGUGAAUUUGAAGAAAUAUUUUUCCUCACUUCAUUACCUUUUAAACAGAUUAUACUCUGUAUGCUUUGUCUGUCUUUAUAUAGAUGUAAAAAGUAUUUGCUUUGUGUUUACCGAAAAAAUCUUUGUAAGGUAAAAUUGAGCUAUUCCUACGUGUGCGCUAAUCACCCCUUUUUUACUUGAAUUCAUAAGUUAUACAAUAUCUGGAGUAAUCAUAAGGUGACCUAUGGUGGCUGUCACACAAUGAAUUUAUUUACACAGAAACAUAGAAAGUGAUGGCAGAUAAGAAUAAUUCUCUGUGCAGUUGACUUAUAGAUGCUUCUGGUAGGGUGACCAGCCUUCUACAUGUUACUGAGUGCAGCACUGUCCCAGGAAGCACAUCUAGCAGCCAUCUGAGUGGCCACCGGAGGUGCCCCUGGACAGUAAUAUAAACACUGUUGUUGUGGUCGUGACCUAAAUAUGAAUAUUAAUCUCUUAAUACAUAAUAAUUAAGCAAUACGGAACAACAUUAAUAUUUUUAUAAUUCAUGGUAUUAUGGUCGAAUAUGUGGAUAGAAAAUACACAAAACGUUGUAAUAUUAAAUGUAUAUUUAAUAUAACUAUAAUAAAUAAACAGAUGCUAGCAGAAUGUCAAUUUCAAUAAUUAUACAAUACAAUACUACACAAAACACUAUUGGUUGCUAAGGCUAUUACAAUUGCUAACUGUUACAAUACAAACAUAUUACUUACAAGGCCCCAGCCAAAGGGCUGGGGCUAAGUCAGAGCUGGUGCUACAUGAUCAGUCAGGUACAGGCAAACAGAGAGCUCGCUUCUCCUCACAUCUGGGUUUUAUUCAGUGUAAGUAGGCUGGCCUGUGAUGUCACUGCCAGAAGCACAGGUCUUCCUACACACUCCCCCUAGUGGUGCCCCCAAAGCAUUACACUAAAUAUGCUUUACUGACAUCUAGUGGUGCGUCUAAAGCAUUAAGCUCAUUAUGCUUUUUUAUGACAAAAAGUCAUUAAUUAAUAAAUACCAUUACAAACCACCCUUUGACUUAUGUCAUAAAACAAACAUUAUAAACCCAUACAUCUUGAAUCUACCCUAUUUUAACAGUACCUGCCCUACAACAAAACCCACCUUUUGAAGAAUGAUACCCAUUUACCCGUAAAGUUAUGACACUUUAUUGCUUAUUCAAUUUUUAUUUACUUUUUUUCAUUGAGCACAUGCAUCACCAGUUGGGAAACCUUGGCCUAAAAUAAGCACAUACCCACCCUUAUAAUAACAACUGAGCACAUGCAUUAGCAGUUGGGAAACCUUGGCCUUAAAUAGGCAAAUACCCACCCUUGUAAUAAUAGACAACUCAAACCAUGUUUUAUUAGAUUAACCAAUGAUAUUGUGUUCAUGUGAGGAUGUGUUUUGGAGCUUAAUAUAGUAUUAGACACCACAAACUCAUGAAUCAUGGCACAGACCGACACGAUUUAUGUAGCCUCUGGCUGGUCUGUGUGCCUGGAAUUUUCACAAACAUUAGUCCUGGAAACUGGAUACUCUAUUCUUCGACAGUCUCAUAGAACAUACGCAUGGAGACAGGGAUGAAUGAAACAGUUCAUGUGAUCAAGGACUUUUGUGUGUUUGUGGUCACAUUGUUUUGUUUUUUCUUUCUUUAUACCAUUAACCACCUUGACAUAACAGUGUCCUGCUCCUGAUGCAUUUGUUCCGACUCUCACCCCUCUUAGCUGCAAUAUUUUUUCUCCUUACAGCGACAGUUGAGCAUAGUGUCCAGUGCUUCUUCUUCUUCUGCUUGAAAGUUCUUGAAUGAAAACACAGGCAAUGACGAACACAAACAUAAAUAAUAACUGUGCCAAUCAUCACAAGUACCAUUUGAUUGUGGUGUCUUAACCAUAUUUUUUCCUAUGGCGUUUGGAUAAAUACCUACACACCUCUCUUCACAUCCAGCACACUCCUGAUUCACAGAUAAACACAAUGUAUCUACCAAUUUAACCCAAACACUCGUUAUUACUGCUGCAUUUACCAAUUUAAUCUAAACACUCGUUAUCAUUGCUGUAUUUAACCAAUUUAAUCUAAACAUUAACCAAAACAAUUACAUUCCUAUUUACCACCCUUCUAUUUAAACAUGUAUAGAUAACCCAAAAUGCCUACUUUCUCUUAUCCCUCUUAUUUUUUGUUUUGUUUUGUUUUUUGAACUGCAACCACUCAUGCACUUUACACAGACACAAAUCAAACACCUACUGGACAAUGGGGUUCCCUCGUUAGAGCCCUCCCACCCCAGUUUGGUUUACACAAAAAUACCCCCUGGUCCCUAUGGGUCAAUUCCCCCCUUUCCCAGGCAAACAUACAUACAACAAUAAUAAUACAUAAGGGUUUCAAUUGCAAUACAAUCACUAGAAAUAAGAGAACAGUAUGCACAAAAUCAUAGCAUAGACAUGUUAAAUAGACAAUAAAAUAAAACAUUCAAUAGCUCAUCAAAGGUCAACAUUUAAACACUGGUCUCCAUUUGAUAUUCUAUCUGUGUUCCAAUGUCCACCCCUGGUUUCUGCUAUAUCUGAAAAAGGUAAGAAAACAGAUCAGGAUUACUUUUCCUUGUCACUUAUAGCGUAUACUGCCAAAUCCUUUACUUAGCAUAUAUACAUAUAUACACAUAUAAAUACAUUCCCUAAACUUUUCAUUUUAUAAACAAUUUGUUCAACAAGGUAACUUUCUUAAUUUUCUACUUGGCUCUUAAAAUAAACAAUCAGCUAAUAGCUGCUUUCUGCAUCUUCUCUGCAAUUCAGGAAACACAUUUCUAGCCAACCUAAACAUGUUUAAUAACUCUCCACCCUUUGGUUAAAUUAUAGAGGAGUGAACCACAACACCUCUUCCGCCUCUGAAAGGAUAUAGGUCAAUAUGUCUCAAAGUUCAACACUUCUGACAGCUAUGAGUGACUCCCUAUUAAUUUCUAGCCUUUCCACGGACAUGCUUGCACCUCGCGGCUAAGGGCCUGCACAACUAACCACCCUGUGAUGGCAGUGGCUUUCCGCAUGGGGGUGACCGCCCCCGCAAAAUUAUAGAGGAGCAAACAUACAGCAGCCUCUUUUCCGGCUUGAUUAAAGGUUCUGGGCCAAUAUGUCUGCAAUUUAACCAGUACACUCACGUAUCACUUAUUGUAUAUUUCCUGGUCUCUCAGGAAUUUCUAUUAAAUAGCGUAUCCCCUUCCCAGGGCAAUAUACAACAAAAACUAGUCACCAAGGGUCUCUACGGUCAUGAUAGGCCACCCUACCACUAGUGUAAUACGCCCUUUUUUUAAAAUAUAUUUCCUGGUCUCUCAGAGAUUUUGCCCAUCCCUUUCCCAGAGCAAUAUAUAUAAACAAUUACAAAUAAGUUACAAAACGCUACUUAUAAGUAAUACAGGGUUUCAAAUAAUAAUACAGGAUAGAACUGCACAACAACUAUUGGGUAUGCUCCCCCUUAUCCGGACACGUUUAAAUACCCCCUAGCUCAGGUUCCCCACCCGCUACUGUAACUAAAAUCACAGCCCACGUUAUGGAGGUUCACCCGCUAGGCAGAUACACCCUAAUUCAAAGCAUGGAAAUAUUAAAAUCAGUUAUAGAUGGCUUCUAAAAUAAUAUAAAUCUUAAUCUGAGCCCCUACACUUACUUUGUUAAAAAUGCUAACUUGUUAAAAUAUUCAGACUAAAUAGGACAAAGGAAUUAUUUUACCAUUUUUUCAGUUCAUUUGUUACCAGUUCCUGCAUAUGUCCAGUAAUUCCUUAGUCCUGGAUAAUAAAGCUGAAAAACACUCCACAAAUUGAUUAGUUUAGGCAAUUACAUUUACAAAACAAUGCAGUUUAUUUUUUCUCAUACAGGCAAGACUACCCACCCCCAACAAGGACAAAUUCUCCCCCAGCUGUAGCUGAAAAGCAUGGUCACACAGCUGUUAAAAAGGUGGUCUCUCCUUCAUGAGUCAAAAUCAUAUAUAUAUUUAUACUAAUAUUCUGUGUAUACGCACACAUAAAUCUAUUAUUCACUGAAUCUGCUUUACUAAACGUAUCUUUUUCUUAACUACUAAUUUAAUACAUUUGUCCAAAUCUCUUUUCAACUAGACAAAUCCAUGAAUGCCAAACAAAUGUAAAUUAGUACACAAACAGGGUCAAAUUUAGCAAUAAAACCUGGUGAACUAGUUUAGUGAAAAGUCUUUUCCUAUGCAAAUGGUAGCAAACAAUGAAACUAGGCCUCAACUCAUUCACACCAUGUGGUCAAUGGUGGAUUAAAAUCCACAUGGUCAGACAAAAAGUAAAAUUGUUUUUUGUUUUAUAUAUAAAAAUGACCAAAGGUUGGUAAAACGUAACAAGCAACACAAUAAUUCAUCACUAUGUUCUACAACAAGAGAUACCUUAAAAACAAAUAUCUAAUCCCUAUCUGCUAUCUGCAUUCAUUCCAUUAAAACCAAAUCAUCAUUCAUUUAUUCAUUUGUAUACAGACAGACAAUUUACAGUAUGAUUUAAGCAAAAUGCAUAACAUUUAUAUUUUCCCCAAUAUUCAAGCAUAAUCCUGCCGACUACGCCAAAUGUUGUGGUCGUGACCUAAAUAUGAAUAUUAAUCUCUUAAUACAUAAUAAUUAAGCAAUACGGAACAACAUUAAUAUUUUUAUAAUUCAUGGUAUUAUGGUCGAAUAUGUGGAUAGAAAAUACACAAAACGUUGUAAUAUUAAAUGUAUAUUUAAUAUAACUAUAAUAAAUAAACAGAUGCUAGCGGAAUGUCAAUUUCAAUAAUUAUACAAUACAAUACUACACAAAACACUAUUGGUUGCUAAGGCUAUUACAAUUGCUAACUGUUACAAUACAAACAUAUUACUUACAAGGCCCCAGCCAAAGGGCUGGGGCUAAGUCAGAGCUGGUGCUACAUGAUCAGUCAGGUACAGGCAAACAGAGAGCUCGCUUCUCCUCACAUCUGGGUUUUAUUCAGUGUAAGUAGGCUGGCCUGUGAUGUCACUGCCAGAAGCACAGGUCUUCCUACACACUCCCCCUAGUGGUGCCCCCAAAGCAUUACACUAAAUAUGCUUUACUGACAUCUAGUGGUGCGUCUAAAGCAUUAAGCUCAUUAUGCUUUUUUUAUGACAAAAAGUCAUUAAUUAAUAAAUACCAUUACAACUGUCUUUUCUCUGAAAAAAAACGUGCGUACUGCAAAACGCCUGCAGGGACAUGGUAUAGACACCAAAACAACUACAUUAAGUUGUUCCAGUGAUCUUUUAAUAUACAUUUAAAGGAAACAAACCAUCACAUAAAGAAACCGUUAAGACAAGUUAUAGGUGACUUUCACUCAUUUGCUCUGUGAUUGGUGACAUAUACUACAUGGAUUUUUUUUUUUAAGGUGCCGCAAUACCCCAUGACUAACUGUGUUCCUACCAGUAAUUCUUUCUGAUAGUCUGUACCUUACAGACAGCCAUAUUGAUUUUCUCUUAUCUUCUCAGUUGCUGGCUCAAUCGCAAUAUAAUCUGGAGCUUCCUUGGACCAGUCUGUAUGUUCAUUGUGGUGAGUUCUCUCUGUAGAUUUACUAAAUGUCUGAACACUGUAAACAUAUUUCCUCGCGAUUAUUUCAUAUGUGAGCUGCUGGUCCUAUUCAAUCGAUAUUGUACUUGUUAUAUUAGUAAUAGAAUGCUGAUGUGUUCUCCAUCCGUGUUUUAUUGUUUGUAUAUUUUCGUCGUCUAAGUGUUAGUACAUCUCUGCAUUUGUAUUGUUUUGGAGUGAAUACAUCUACGUAUAAUGUAAUGUCUCUCUUCUUUAUGUGCAGUUGUCCGUCUGUGUUAGACCAUCUCAGCUCUCCUUGCUAUGUUUAUAAUUAAUAUUAUCUUUAUUAUGUGAUUAUUCUAACUUCUCUGCAUGUGAUUUAUCAAACUUGCCUACAAUCUUACUUUAUGUGUUAAUGAGUUAAAGUCUACAUUCUUUGUUGUAUGUAUUUAAACAAUCUCUACCGUCUUCUUCAGAACAUGUUCAGUGUCUGCUUUCUUCUGCAUGCUAAUGUGAGAAAAUCACUUGUUUUCUUUAUAUAAAUUCUAGAACACAACUGCUCUCUAAUUUAUGUGAACAUCUGCUUGUUUUUGUUAUGUGAGGGGCAAAGUCUGUGGGUUAGCUCUAUACAAGUGUUAGAUCAUAUUGUCCUCUUCGGUGUGAGCACUAGAAUUCCUUUUCUAUAUUCUAGGUGUCUUUACAUUCUGGCUGCCUGUUUGUAAUCCAUCCCCCUAUCUGUCAUCCUUAGGAAGAAGAAAUAAAAUUAGAUAAAAACUGUCAUCAUUUGGUACUAUUGGAACAAAUGAGCCAUGGCCUACUUAUCCAAAAAAACACCUUGCGAAUAUUUCUAGAAAUAUACCAUUUCCAUAACUGUUGAGGUUGUUUUUCAGGAUAAGUUCAUGUAUUAAAAUUGAUUGCAAACAAAUUCAAACAAAUUUAACACCAAUGUAAUAAGCAUUUUAAUGAUGGAAUGUAGCUUUCUCAAGAGGAAGAAAACACAAGGAACUAUUAUUCCCCUUCUCUCUUGAUUCAUUGGUCACUUCCACUUUCCCAGAAUCCUUAAAUUUCUUCUACUUUUUCACAUUCUUCAUUUACACUCUUUCUUUUCAGGUAAAUACUGUUCUCUUGAUCUUCACAAUUUGGCUGCUCCAAGCAAAACUAGCAUCUCUAAAUAUGAAUGUUUCAUCUCUAAAGGACACUCGGUGAGUUCAUGUGAAAACAAGAGACACAAGAGAAGCCUAUUAAAAGAUUACUGGGUAUAGAAUGAAACAGCGAAGAAUGAGAAGACCAUUUCAGAGCAAUUUAAAACCUGACCCCGUCACUUGGAAACAACAGAAAAGUUUUUAGGUUUAAGUUUGAAAAAAUGUACAAAUGUAAAAUCAUCAAAUCAAAAUACUAACCAAGUUACCUGGUUAGACCAUGAAUACCAAGUAAUUCUGUCAGUUAAUAACCUAAUCCUGGCAUUGUAAUAGCUAGUCUUCCGAAUGCUCAAAUGACUGUUGACAUAGCUUGAUGAUCGCCAGUGACCUUGAGCCCAUUCACCACAAUCAGUUUCUUCCAGACAAAUGUUUUACAUUCCAUUUGUUGUUUUCUCUAAAUGUUACACACAGCUGCGUCUUUAACAACAUUAAGCCAUUCAGCUUCCUUUCAUUAAGGCCAGCUUCCCACCCACUGCUGUUUAUUCCUACAGGAAUUUAAACUAGUUAAAGGGACAUUCCACUACUGAAAAAAUAUAUAUAAUAAUCCAUGUUUUGUAGAUAAACAUCACAUAACAGCAUGCAUGAUUUUAAUUUAUAUCUAAAAACAGCUGGCAAAACCUACCUUUCUAUCGUCUGCAGCUUUUGCAAGGCCUCCUCUUUUAACCCCAUCCAUACUUUCUGUGGCUGUCCAAUCAAAGACUUUCCAAUGCAGCUCAGUAAGAAGUCUUUGCAAGGCAGGUGCUAUGAGCAGUUGCUGCCUCUUGACACUCCAGUCCCCGAAAGCAUUUCUGCAUAUUCCCUCUGGUUUCUGUUAUAAAAGCUUGGAUUUCAAGAGAAAAAAGGGACAUUUUUAAAACACAUUAUUAUGCCUCCCAGCAGGAAGGAUUUCCUGACUCAUUAGCUUUUUGACUUUGGUUCAUAGUUGAAGUUAGUGCAUCUCAUGCAGAAAUAUCAGAAUGAUAGAGCAAUGUAAAAGAUAAUCAUGCACCAUAGGUCCCCAAUGCUUCUCUGUGAGAAGCAUCGAAGAUCAUCAGUAUUGUUCAUAUCUUUGUGGGAGAAUUACGAUGGAGAAAGGAUACUAAUUUUGCACUAAAAAAAGGCAAGUUAAAUAGUGCUUUAUAAUGAAAAGGAGGGCCCCACUUUUAAAAUAAAAUAUAUUUAUUAAUUUAAUUCUAAAGUUAGAGUGUUUUACUUCUGCAAACAAAAGGUUAUGUUUUACAGAAGUAAAUAUUGCUUUUGACACACAAGCAGAUUGUAACACAGGAAGUGUGUGAAAACAACCAGAUUCAAUUGAUAUACUUUAAAAGUUAUCUCUUAACAGUUUGGGCGGAAUUGCAUGACAUGUUCUUACAAUAUAAUGCGUAAUAGAAAACUCAUCAACUGCUUAAUAAUAAUUAAAAUAAGAUGUAAAGAAAUGCAGCAUAUACUAAUAUGAAAGAGAGCAAUGAGUGUCCAGAACUUAACAAGUUCAGGCUCAGUGGUUUAAUGAAUUUUGUCUAAUGACCUGUUCUCAGGGCCGGUGCAAAGAAUUUUGGGUACUUAGGCAAAGAUGCAUUUUUCCGCCCCCCCCAAAAAACAUCUUCACCUGUGUGCCUCUUAACCUCCCUUUUGUGUUUCUUAUCCCGUCUUUUAAAUAUCUUACUCCCUUUAGUGUAUUUUAUCUCCUAUUUUUGACUUUGUGUGUCUCCUAUCUCUCCUCUUUGUAUGACUCUUACAUCCUCCCACAUUUUGUGUGUCUUACUCCUCCCAACCCCUUUGUGUUACUCCUUUUCUCCCAGCCCCUUUGUGUCUUUUACUCUUCCCAGCUCCUUUGUGUGUGUCUCUUUCCUUCUCAAGCCCCGCUGUGUGUUUCUUUCACAUCCAGCCCCUCUCCCCGUCCCUUAAUGGUCCCCUCCCUUCUCUGACCCUUACUGUUCCUCUCCCUUCUCUCCUCCUUUCCCUGUCCCUCAGUGUUCCUUUCCUUUCCCACCUCCUUUCCCUGUUGCUUAGUGUUCCUCUACCCCCCUCCCUCCUUUUCCUGUCGCUUAGUGUUCCUCUACCCCCCUCCCUCCUUUUCCUGUCCCUUAGGGUUCCUCUCCCCCCUCCCUCCUUUUCCUGUCCCUUAGGGUAUCUCUCCCCUCCUCUCCCUGUCCAUUGGUGUGCCACCCACCCCCAUAGUGGUCCCCUCCCCUUCCUGGUGUGCCUCCUACCUUUCUUGUAGCAUGGCUAAGCUGAGUGAAUCCUGGUACAGUGAACUUUUCCUGUCAGUCCUGCCAGGUACAGGAAACAGAAGUUCCUGUACCACGGUACACUCCGCUUGGCCACGCUACAGUCAGGGGUGUAUAAAAACACUGACAGUCACACACACUCAAUGACAAACACACAGACGUCUCUGACAUCCAGACUCAUUUAUCUGACACACUCAUUCAUUGACACUCACACGCACACUGACAGACACACAAACACUGACAGACUCAUUGACAAACACACACUGACAGACACACACACACUCACAUGACAACACAUACACACACACACACACACAAACUCACAGACACACAUACUUACACACACACUGACAGACACACAUACUCACAUGCACACACACACACACACUGACAGACACACUCACACACACACACUGACAGACACACACACACAGACACACAAACUCACACACUCACACACACACACAUACUCACACACACACUGACAGACACACUCACAUGCACACACACACACACACACUGACAGACACACUCACACACACACUGACAGACACACACACACACAGACACACAGACACAUAUACUCACACACCCACUGACAGACACACACAAUCACAUGCACACACACUCACAGUAAUUAAUAAUAUAAAUUUAAUUUAAAGGUCCCACCCAGCCUCCCUAUCUGGAGAGCUGGCGUGGGUCUCUCAUUGGUGGUCCAGUGGGGCUGCUGGGAGGCGUGCGGCUGAAUUGGAUUCCGAGGCGGCGAGGGAGCUCUGAUCGCUCUGAUCUGCUCCCUUUUGUGCCUUUUGCUGAUGCCGGGAGCCGUCACAUUCCGGCUCCCGGCAUCAGUAAACAGUCUGCGAUGGAGCAGAUCAGAGAGAUCAGAACUCCCUUACUGCCUCGGAAUCCUAUUCAGCCGCACACCGCGCCUGGGAUCCAGAAGGUGGCCUGGCAGGAGGGAGCAUUUCUCUCCUGCCAGUCACUGGAAUUUUGCGCCCCCAGAGCGCGCCUUAUGGACGUGCCGGCCCUGCCUGUUCUCUAAGUCUGCGGGUCAUUUCUCCCUCUGAAUCUGCUAGAAAAAUCUUGGCUGACAUUACACUUUAGACGCUUACUAUACAAAGCAAUAUUGCAGACAUUCCUACUCCACCACUUGUCUUGGUUUGCCUCUUAGAUCAUGAAAAAUGGACUUAACAGAAAGAUUUUUUUUAAAAAAGCUUAAUAACAUUAAAAAAGGCUUAAAAAAUAUAAAAGGCUUAAAAUCUACUUAAUGAGGCUUAACUAGAUUAAGAUUACAGAAGAGUGGAGAAAAUUGUUAGGUCAGGCAAACUAAGGACCAGAUAUUUUUGCUUUCACUUUUGCUUAGAAUAUCCAGCUGGGAAGCAAUAUGGAAUUGGCAUUUCCGGUAUCUCACUGAAAAUACAUUAAUUUGGUUUUGUUUGUUCACAGUUCAAAUGAUUCCCUCAGUACUCUUAAAGAUGCUUAAAACAAAGAUAUAAGGUUAAGUGGAAUGACCAUGCUUUUUUAAUAAUGUUAUUUAUACUUAAAUUCAGACUUUACAUUAACAGUGGUUUCAGUUUCAACUUUACAAAAGGGCAUGGGAGUUUUUUCGGUUGUUGUAUCUAAAUAAUCAAAAUAUUGGGCUAUUUAGUCAUUCAUUUGUGACCUUCCAGUUCCCGUGCCCCUCAGUCCUCGUAGACCCUGCUCUUCCUACAGGCUUGUUGUGUUUUAUAUAAUUUUGUGAUUUUAACGUUCUUUUUUUUGCCCUCCUGUGAGAUUGUAUGGUCCUUUGCCUUUGGUAUGGACCUGACGUGUUCCCCUCGUUACAAUUGUGGUCUCCUAUUUUUAACUUUAAGCAUGCUUCUGUCGACAGCAGGCAACUUUAUAUCCUUCUUGGCCAUUGACAUCAGUUGCACUGAGUCUUGUAUUGCAGAGGAAGAAGCUUAUGGCAAAUUCUGCUACCUUUAAAUUGACUUCUCUCACAAAACGCCUGUAUCACCAUUAAAAGGAUGUUAUAGUCGGCAGAACAACUACAGCUUAAUGUAAUAGUUCUGCCGCGCAUGCGCACUCCGCUUCAGUGACAUUGGACGGGGGAGCUUACGUUGGCGGGGGAGGAGAGGUCACCGGCGCCGAGGAAGCCCGGCGCUGGAUUAAGGUAAGUGGGAGGGGGACGGGGACCCUGAAGGUGGGGGCACCCUCAGGGCACUAUAGUGUCAGGAAAACCACUUUGUGUUCCUGACACUAUAGUGAUCCUUUUAGAUUUUAAGAGGUGAAAGAGUGAGUGAUGGUGCAGUGUACUAACUUGUCUUCCAACUCCUGACUCUCCACAGACUCCUGACAUUCAAAUCAUUGGCUCAGCUAUUUAUACUGGGUCCCACCUGGAUUAUUGGGAUCUUCCAGUUUGGACCUGGAGCCCAAGUCAUGUCUUACAUCUUUACUGUUUGCAACAGCCUGCAAGGAGCCUUUAUAUUUCUUGUGCACUGUCUCCUCAAUCGUCAGGUGAACAAAGUGUUGAUUAUUAUAUUAACUGUGUUAACACACAAAUCAAGUUUUCAAAUCACAUACUGGACGGCCGGUGAUAUGAUCAUUGCAAUAUUUUCUGUAAUUCACAGUUUAAAUGAUACCAUGUAGUGAAUGGCCCCUUAACCCCUUAAGGACACUUGACAUGUGUGACAUGUCAUGAUUCCCUUUUUAUUCCAGAAAUUUGGUCCUUAAGGGGUUAAUCCCAGGCAUCACUGGUCUUACUUGAGACCAGUAGCAGUUAUACCCCAAUACAGCAUAUUUGUAGCUACUGCUAUUUUAAUUAACCCUCCUCCUAAUACUGAUUUAACAAUAUAGGAACUAAAACACAAUUUUCCCAGUGCUUUUCUGGGCUUGUAUUUAUCAUGAGAAAGACUGAAUUGAUGGCAGCAUUUGCAAAUAUUCGUUCUGCUGGGAAGUGUAACCUCCAUAGACAUAGACAAGUAUGUUCCAGUAUUACCCUAAGAUUAAGGAAACAUUAACCAGUACUCUAGCAUUACCCUAAUCUAUUUUUUUUUUUUUUUUAAAUAAUGGAUUCUAAAUGUAUAUUAUGAUGUCUCAUAAUGUUUAUGGGAUAAAACCCACCAAAAAACGGUGUGUGUUAGAUACAGUUGUAUGCUCAACUUCUAUCGGAGUCCAUAAAUGACUGUUACCAAGUUUGUAGACGUUGUCUCAAACGGCCCUUAUUUACCCAAGAUACAAUAUCGGAAGGAACUCAAUAUGUUUAAAGUUAAUUAUUUAUUUAUCUAAAAGCAAAUAAAACAAAUUGUACAAUAAAAAUAUUCAAUUCAAUCAACAUGUUACUCCCUCCAAGAUGCAUUGCAGGCUUUCUCAAUCGUUUGAGAAAACUACGUGAAACACGUUUUAGAGGGAGGAACUUGAUAUUGAGUAUUUUUAUUAUACCAUUUGUUUUAAGAUUCAUAAAUAAUUUAUGUUAAAUGUAUUUAGUUCCUUCCAAUAUUGUAUCCCGGUUAAAAGUAGGGAAGUGUCACCCUGAAAUUUGACACUACGUCUUUAAACUGAGAGCUAGUCCUUUAUAAGCUCCUAUAGAAUGUGAGCAUUAUAAAGCAAUUUAUCGAUCUAUUAUUUCACAAUUCUUGAGCGCAUUUUCUCAUGCCUAUUGUAUAAUUUUAUAUUAUGAUGUCUACUGAACCCCAAGAUGGAUUACACCAUUGAGCCAUAAAGUUGCCUAAAAUAUGACUCUGAUGGGGCAUUUUUUUUGUUUUUUUGUGAUUGGGGUUGUUUGUUGUUUGUUUGAUCUACAUCUUUUUAUAUUUGGCCACAUAAAGCAAUAGGGCAGUGAUUAAUAAUAACACAAAUACUCUAGAAUGUAUCUAAAACUCAGUAAUGCUUCCCUUCCUGGGUAAACAUAUUGGGAUAGAACCACCAGAAUCAAUAUUAUAUCAUAUAAAAUAAUUUCUAGAAUCCCAAUGUGUUGGUUAUUAGACCCCAACAAAAUUGUUCAUUAGAAGCAAAGUGUGACAGAAUAUUAAGUAUUAAACUCAAAUUACUUUUUAAAGUUCCAAAACAUGUAUUGGUUAAAAGUAAUAACAGUCUGAAGAAUGUCAAAAAUGCUAUAAUACACUAGAGGGCGCUAGUUACCUAAUAGACUCUUCGCACAGGCUGACGCACUGCCAAAAAGAGUAAUAUUCUCUCUAUCAAACCUUCUAUACAUGUAACUUUAUAUUAAUAGUGGCUCCUAAUUUGUACUAUGCAGGUGAGGGAAGAAUACCGCAAACUGUACCACAAAUUCUGCUCCUGCAAGAAGCAAGGGCCUGACGUAUCCACUGAUACCUUUCCCAUGACUAGCAAACCAACGACUGUAAGUAUCACUUCUUCACUUGCCCUUUGUGCUUUCUUUUUUAUCUCGCCUCUUCUUAAAAACCUAUUAAACAUUAGGUAAACAAAAAUUAGGUUAAAAAAAACUACUCAAAAGAGCAGCUAAACUCCAAAACCCCAGGAAAUGAUGUAGCAAAAAAAAUAAAAUAAAAUAAAAGCUGUAAAGUUUGUUAAUUAGUUUAAAUAUAUAUAUCUUAUAGCAGACAAAAUAUUGCAUGGGACGGAUAAAUGGACAGUCCACACAUGAUGCAUUUUGCUCUACUAGUUAAUCAUAAGUAAUAUUGACCAUCGUGCAGUUCCCGUGUGCAUGACACAUUCAGGGUUAUUCAACAGAUCGAGAAUUGCCAGGAUUUUAAAUGUAAAAUAAAUAGCCAAACUGAACACAAAAUUGACUUGGAGAAUUUUCCUAAAUUGGCUUCCUGUAUAACACUAUACAAAUAGGAUGGCGCAAGUAGCAUAAAAAAUAUAAUAAAAAUGGGAAUGUUAUUAACAAUGCAGCAGCCCAAUCUAAUAAGCCCUGGUGAUACAACUUAGAAAAACAGUAUAAUUAUAAAAAGCUAAAUUAAAUCAAUGAACUAUGGCAAAAUAGUGCAGAGAAAUUCAUAACAAAUAUACUCCAGAGCCCCUUAGUGGAGAGUGGUACUUUAACCACUCCAAUCUUGUGAGUCUCCAAUUUUAAGCAUUCGAUUUUUAUCAAUUGUGAUUUUACUUUACAUAUUGCACUAGUUUUUUUCAGUCUAUUUAUUUUUAGAUUCGAUGAUUGUGAAGCUGUUUGUGCAAGUAUAUUUGUUGUGAAUUUCCCUGCACUAUUUUGCCGCAGAUCAUUGUUUUAAUUUGGCACAUAAGUUUGUCUCACUACGUCUUUACUAUCGCUGUAUGUAAUAUUCAUCACCCAGUGUCACAUGUGUGUGUGUCGGGUCUGAGUAUUUCACAUAGUAUCAUCAGUGGGUUUUAUAAUAUUUAUUGUUUUUAUGGGCACCAAUCUUUUUAUAAUUAUACUAAAUUGGCUUCCUGGCCUAAAUUUUGAACGUCACUCAAAAUUUCUGGCAAUAAUCAUUGAAGUUAAUAACCCUGUAGUGGCUCCAACAAAUCGAAGACUAUAGUCCCAUCCACAUGCAUAAUUUCAUUAAAGCAUCUAACAAUGAUGGCAAUUUAUGGAGGGUUUGUGUCUGUUCUACAUAGGUUGCACAGACUGUUCUGCUGAACAUGGACACUUGGAUAGUGUAGCAUAAAGAAGCAACAGAUGAAGUUGAAUCUGGAUCUGCCUCUAAUUUUCGUUUACUUUUCUCUUUUUCCUUCCAGAGCAAUAUAUACAUCUCAAGGCCAGAACUCAGAGAGAGUAAUCUUGCCUCAAGAGCAGACUGGUGACAAGUUGUCCUACACUCAUUACUUAGAGGAGAAAUGCGUCAUUUCUACCAUAUUGUGAACCUCAUAUCUAAUGAAACCCCAGAAAUGCUCAGAAUCAUCACCUUGUAAUCUCUAUGUGCAAUCACCAUGGCUUUGGGCAAUUAUUUAGUUCCGAAAGAUAAUCACUGGAUAGAUAGAACUGCAUCUAGUAUUAAUACCAUGAUGCAGCAUUAAACAUACCAAAACAAGAACUUACACAAAAACGCAACUUAGGAGCCAAUCAAGAAGAUGCCACAUGUUUCGCUUUGCAUGAUAUUGGCCAUGAAGUAUCACUUGUUUAAAAUAUAUCUACUAAUAUUAUCAUUUAUUACACAAUCCCUCUCUUUAAAAGUAUUUGCCAAAUAAUUACCAUUCUUCAAGUGCUUUGUGUAGUUGUUAAAAGGUUUAGAUUUUUUUUAAUGCUUUUGUAUUUCAUACUCUAUAUAUGCACUCUUAGUGUUAGUUCCUGUUCUACAGAACAAAUAUGUGCUAAUUCAAGGCUCCAAAGGAUCUCGGAGAGUACAAGUGGAGAGGUCUGGAAGUGAG